AAUAUAACUCAAUUUUGAAUUUAAGCAUUCAACGCCUAACUAAUAAAUUAGACGCAGUGGAUUUUACGUUGAAUGCUUCAAGAUAUAAACUAGAAUGCUUGACAAAGCAUUCUUGUUUAGUUUAGCAUUUUAUGUGGAAACAUUUCUUAUCUAUAUAUACUUUGUUGACACCUCCUGUAAAUUUUGCGGAAAUAAAUGAAUAUGAAAUGGAUGGAUUUUUCAGUUCGGAACAUUUCGAAUAUAACUUUCGCUUUCUUUUGAAACUUGAAAAAAUUGUAAGUAGCUGGGACACACAAUAUAAUUGACUAAAUCAAAGAACACCGAAGAACAAUGUUAUCAAUAGUAACUCAUAGUAAUCUACAUCUUGAUUAUUCAGAAUAGUGAUGAUUAUCCAGGAUAACCUUUUUGUAUUGUUUAACAAUGAGGAACAAAUGAGAGUUUUCAGAGGCCUAUAGCGUCCAAACUAGCCUAUAUAGAAAAAUGUUUGCCUAUUGAACUUUUUGUUUGUAAUGACUUGGACUAUAACAUAUCAAAAAUUCAGCCAAUUCGACAGGACGCCACUAUCCCUAAUGUGCGUUGUCCUUUAAGAGUUUUACUUCUAGAUUUAAUUAAUUUCAGUCGAAAAAUGAGAACGAUGCAUGAAGUUCAAGGGCUGACAGUUCAUUAUCAAAAGGAAAUUCCUAGUCCCUGAUGCAUGAUUGUACUCACCAAGUCAUCAAUAGGAAUAUAUGACAUUCAAUUGAUAUCAGAAUGAACGGAGAAACAGGAUGCUGAAGAAAAUAAAAACAUUACAUCCUACAAGAUAAGUACCAACAGAAUCUGAAUCAUAAAACUGCGAACAAAUGCCAGUGAAAUGUCGAUUACACUAGAAUUAAUUCUUCUGUUAUGUUACGUUUUUUUUGUGAACUGCUCACAAACAAGAAUUGUGGUUACGUGCGAUAGGAACGGUUUUACCUGUAAAACCAUUGGCUCUAAACGUUUAGUGACGUAUCAGUGUGGGUCAAACGGACAGGAUAUCCUCUUUCAGACAUGGAAUUUCGGCGAACCAAGUAACACAGCCUGGCUAGAGAUUAAAAAUUGCGAAAAACUCGAAAUAGACAUGAGCUGCAACCAGUACAGAAGAUCUUUCGAAUCGUUGACAAUAGAAAAUGUAAAGAAUCUUCGAUUCACCAGAAUAGUGUCCACGGUCAAAAACCCUACGAAAAUAGUAAUCAAGAAUGUCAAAUACAUUGAUGUCAUACCAGAAAAUACAUUCUCCAUUCCUCAUAUGGUCAAGUACAAUGGCGUGGCUUCUCAGCAUGAGCUGCAAGAGAUCCUAUUCGAAGAUGUCAGCAUAGGAACCAUCGAAGGCCAUGCCUUUCACAGUUUGAGAGGUUUCAAGACUUUUAACUGGACCAACGUCAACGUAACUCGUUUACAUGCAAACGCAAUCAAAAUUCAUUUCAAUACGACCGAGAAAUAUCAAGGCAGCUUCACUUUGAUGCAUAGUGCAAUAGAAAUAUCAGAGUACCUCAGCUUUCAGCUCUAUGUCAAGCAAGCACUUUUCAGGAAUAAUAAAUUCGUGGAGAUAAUGCCUGGUGGUAUAAACGGUACCAUAGAAACAUUCGACUUCUUCAGCAAUAUUAUAAACACUCUCCAGCCAGGUGCUAUAUCCAUACUGUCAAAAACUGUAAAUAUAAUGGAUAACACCUUCAACUAUUUGAAAUAUGGGAGCUUGGAGAAGAUCAGCCCAGGACUUCUAGUAGACUCCCACAUCAGUUUCGGCAACUUGCAGUUUUCGUAUAAAUUUAUUAAAAAUAAAAUAAUAUACGUCGACGCUGGGAGUUUAAACCCUGACAUGGAAGCGUACAAUAAAGUGUCAACUCAUUUCGACUUCAGCUCAAAUUCCAUCCUGUGUUCUUGUGAAAAUAUGGGAUGGCUGAUGUCUGGGGUGGGUCAUGGGUAUUCUACAAGUUCUCUGCAGCAUUUCUAUGAAAUUAUAACCGAUAGGAAUAACUCAAAUGUUUGCUCGGGAAUAAGUUGUAUGAAAAUCAUAUCCGAUAUAAAGCAUUUGCUCAAAAACGACAAAUGCACUCCCAUCGAGAAUUUCUGUCAUACCACAAAUCCUCCACCCAACAACAAUAGAUCGAAAGAACUUGUGUGGUUAAAUGACAGUGAAAGUAUCAUUUCUGGAUGUCAUUAUUUCAAAUCUAACUUCAUGUAUAUUAUUGCUGCAAGUUUAUAUUCCUGCUUGCGUCAAUACAUUUCCUAAAUUCUUGUAAAUGUAAUUUCAUAAGUCGAAUGUAUACAGAAUGUAGAAGACAAACAGAUGUUCUCGUCAAAUAAAUAUUUAGAAUGAAUAAGCACAAAACAUAAACAUUACCUAAAAGACCAAUGUUUGGGUCGUUGUAAAGUAUCAACAGUGAAAUUGAAUAUAGUUUGAAUAAAUAAUAAUUAAAUGAA